UCUAAAACUGAACGGUUUGUUUUUAUUUUGGUGUGCGACUAGCAUUUUUUAGAGACCCAGCAGUUUUGUUGAAAUAGACUUAAAUAUGUCUCUGUCGGUCGACAAUAAUAAGUCCUUGCUAAGGAAGGGAGACAUGAAACUGGAUAACUAUCCCACAUGUGCGGUGGAGGCACUUACUCGAUUGGAAACAUUAAUCGCCAGCCGGAACAAACAGAAUAUGGUGAUGCAAAUCAUAUCCGAGUACAUAUUCCUGGAGAGAACCGCCAAGGAUGGCGAUGUUCGAAACAAGUCGCAGGCACUGCCCAUCAGCCAGAUGAAUCUGUUUCAGGAGUUCCAGCUUAUUAUUGCGCUGAUUGAGUACUUCUCGCGACCAGGAAGGGAUGCCACCCGCAAUGCCAUCUUCCUCUCGCUAUUUGGAAGCCACUUAAAUCCGCAACGAUCCAAGCUGCUAUCCCGGCUGAUCAGUACAGCGGUUUCCGGAUCCGUGGCCCCCCUGCUCUCCUCGGCCGGCACGUGGAUGCAACAGGUGGGCUGCAAGACGCCACUCAGCCUGGAGGUGGCCCAGAAUAUAGUCAGUGAUUUCAUCUCGUACUCCCGGAAAACGCCGGAGCAGCUGAAGCAGCUGCCCAUGGUUGGUCCGCACUUUGCGGCCAACUUCAUGGUGGCCGUAGCGGAUCUGUAUCUCAAUGAGCAGCGUUCGCAGUCCCUGAAUCCCCCGCCUGAUGCACUGCUAGAUACUAUUACCGAGUGGAUGACAGAAAAUCCUACGUUGUGUCAGGCCUCGCAGCAGCCUUUGGUCCUGCCAGCCGGAGCUAUAGCCAUGCCGUUUGCCACUCCCUUAGCUGGUCUGCUGCGUUGGGUGGUCCUGGCUCCUUUGGUCUCCAACCGGACUGCCUACAGUAAUCUGCAUCUUUCCCUACUGCGGGCCCUGCAGCAACUUGUAAGUAGCGGAGAAUCAACGGCCCUGCCCAGUCAGGACCUUAUGCAGAUCGUUAAAUCCCUGCAGAACUAUUGCGCACGGCUGGGGGAGUCUAAAACGAAUCCCGAAGCGGAUGCUGCCUACCAGAAGUGCAUGGAGCGAUUUGCACAAGCCGUGCAAAUCGCCCUGAGUUCCAACUGCAUUAGCAAUCAGAUACAGCUGCUGUGCGUCCUGGAAUCGCUACCUCCACACAAGCUGAUGAAAAUCGUUAUUUCAGCACAUAAAAAAUAGAAAAUGUAGUUAUUAUAAAAUAUGUUUGGUAAAAGUAAGUUGGCCUACAUUUUUUUGCAAUAUUCUGGUUUACUUAUUACGAAAUUUGAUGAUAAAUUAUGAUGAUGGGCAAAUAAGUUUAGUAAGAAAUAGGGUGUUAAAAUGGUAGUUUAGGAUAAGCUAACUGGUAUUUCUGUUAAUUAUAUUAAAUUAAAAAUACAACUUUUAUCUUUACCAAUCUAAACAAUCCAAAAAUCUUUUUAAUCAAUCGAUAAAGUGUUGCUUAUAGAUAAGAAAAACCAACUUCAAAGAAUAAAGUUUUUUAAGAUUGA